AUGAACUUCGAAUUCAAAGGGGCAGAAUACGCCACAGAUCGCAGAAAAAUCCUGUUCAUGUACGGUCAUCUACGGGGUACCCCUCAAAUGCUCUUAACUCCGGCCAUAACCAACCCAAGUAUAUGGAAUUUGACCGAGUGGCUAGAGACAUACGAUAAAUUCAUUCAACACUUAAGAACGCAAUUCGGGGACAGCAACAUGGCGGGUACCGCUAUGCGGAAACUACAAGAGCUACGACAGACCGACACCGCAGUGGAGUAUUUUGCAAACUUCAAAUUAUGGUCAACUCAUCUCGGAAAGGUACCCGAUGCGAUGAAAAUUGCAUCAGCCAUACAGGGCCUGAAAGAAGAACUACUGAAGGUGGUAGUGGUGAAUAACACCGACCCUCGAACCAAAUCGGAUUGGAUCUACUUCAAGCAACAUGUAAUAGGAACUGAGGAGAAUCAACGGAUGGCUGAAACGAUGAUUGCAGCAAACCGAUGGGCUGCUAGGCGUAAAAAUGAAACAACAUGGAUCACUCCACAAUCGAACUCGAUACGAUUGGAUAGUAAUCUUUCAAACCCUGUGCAACAAACCCCGCAUUCAGGUGGUAAAGGACCGUUACCAGGUGGAAAACCAGGGAUGAUGAACUUUGGUUUUCCAAACGACCCCCCGGUCACAUGGACUGAGGAUGGAGGACGUCUCAGUGAGAAUGAAAUGAACUGGAGAAGAGAGAACCGACGCUGCCUCAAAUGUAGAAGUCCAGAACAUUAUGAAAACAACUGUCCAAAUGGAGGAAACACGAGAAACGGUAUUAGGGGAUCCCCAAACCCGCAUAGCUCACCAAUUCCUAGUGGAUCGAAUUCGAUCCCAACUGGAUCUAAGGGGCCAUUAGUUCGAGGGAUGGCGGUGACCUUUGAAGAAGAGGGAAACGACUACCUGGCCUAA